CGCCGGGUUUCCCGUACAAAAUAAUACUUUUUACUACAAUACGCGCGCGCCGCACGCAGACGUGACCAUCGCACACAGUGGUGGCCGCACGAACAUCCGCCGCCGCCGCCGCCGCUGCCGCCGCUGAGUGUAACCGCGACCAUUGCCGCCGCCGACGCUGUUCCUACCUAAAAACACCCGCGAACCGAUGUAACGCGUGCACACACGAGUGCGUGUCGUCGUCGUCGUCGUCGUCGUCGCGCAGCCGUUACGGUAACAAUCGAACGGUUACGAUACGCAAGUUUUCAACGCUAGCCGUCCCGGUUUUCCCUGCCGCGCGCGUCCGUUUCCCGCUAACCGCCCGCAGUGCACAUGUGUCUUGUCGUCGACGCCGUCCCAAUAGUGCGGUCGAGUAACGCGCGUGCCGCAUAACUCGCGCUAUGGUUUUCGCCGACCGUCCGGCCGCCGCCACGGCCGCCACGUACGUUUGCCUCGUGCUGCUGGUCGUCUCGCCGCUGUCCGGCGUCCGGGCCCAGACCGAGGACAUACCGCACAACGAAGUGAAAAAUUGGGCACUGAAAUUUGGCGUGGACCUGUGGGAGUUUGGCAGACAAAUCACUAAUAUGAAUGAAAUACAAAGAAAAUAUCGAGAGAGAGAAUCUAAAGUUCGAAGAAAAGAUGGACUCUUACUUAUUCGUGAUUUAGCAGCUGAAGUUAAAAAUAUGAUGGACAUCAAAAUGAAUUCUGUUUUGAGAUUAAUGGAAGCUGGUGAACAAUCUAAUCUAGCUCACCAAGAUACAUCUGUGAAGAGUGAACGUUAUGUAAAUGAUGGUUUUGGAGAUUAUAAAAGUUUAGAAUCAAUAGACCGAUAUGAUCAAUGUGCAUUUAAUACUACUGUAAAUUGUGUACUGCUACAGAGUACAUAUGUAGAUCCAGAUUCAGUGGACGAAACAGUGUUACGAGAUAUGCAAUGGACAGACAAUUUGGAUCCAAUAUUUGUUAGCAAUUACGAAAUGGAUCCUGUACUUUCGUGGCAAUAUUUUGGUAGCACAAAAGGAACACUAAGAAGAUUCCCAACUUUGAGAUGGCCUUCGUAUUCGGGAUUAUCGCCAUCUGCUCUAUUUGAUUACCGACUAAAUCCAUGGUUUGUAGAGGCUGCAACUAGUGCCAAAGACCUAGUUAUUAUAGCUGAUUUCUCCAUCGCAUUAUCUGACUAUAAGCUAAGUCUCGUAAGAGCUACUGCUUUGGCGGUCCUUGAUACACUGGGAGCUAAUGAUUUUGUCAAUGUCUUAUCUCUUGAAUCGUCAAAUUAUGAAAUAGUACCAUGUUUUAAGGAUGUUAUUGUGCAGGCCAAUGAGAAGAACUUGAGAGAUUUAAGAUCAGCUGUGGCACAGUCAAAGUUUGCAGGCAGUUCUAACUUCACGGGAGCUCUAUCUCGUGCAUUCGACAUACUACACAAAUUUAAUCGUACUGGUCAAGGAAGUCAAUGUAAUCAAGCUAUAUUGAUAAUUACCGAUGGUCCAUUUGGUCCGUACAAAGAAGUUUUACAACACAAUAAACCACAUAUGCCGAUUCGAGUUUUUACGUAUUUAAUAGGUAAAGAUAACUCAAACGCGGCUGAUAUGAAUUGGAUUGCUUGCAAUAAUAAAGGAUUUUUCGAACAUAUUGAAGAUCAAAGAAAUCUUCGAGAAAAAGUAUUAAAUUAUAUUUUAGUAAUGGCCAGACCCUUAAUUAUGUAUCAAACUGAUCAUCCUGUAUAUUGGUCUCCAGUAUACCUUGCAAGCAAAGUUGAUAAUUUAAAAUCUACUGACUCCAUAGAUGGUAGGCUCAUGACUACAGUAUCAGCACCCGUUUUUGACAGGAGAAACCAUUCGGAACGAGUCGCCAAUUUAUUAGGUGUGGUCGGUAUGGACGUUUAUAUUGACGACCUGAAAAAACUUGUACCGGCCUAUAAGCUCGGAGCCAAUGGUUACUCCUUCAUAUUGGACAAUAACGGACAUGUCCUUUAUCAUCCAGACUUCCGUCCAACGCAAUCUGAUUCGGUCAGACCUCAAUAUAAGACGGUCGACCUGAGUGAGAUUGAGUUGCCGGACGCGGACACUAAUAAUAACACUCUAUUACUGGAAUUAAGGAGAGAAAUGAUUGAACAACAUGAAGGUGAGACUACCUUAAAAGUCAAAACUCACUUGGAUAAUAUGAGACGAGUAUCCACAAGAAAAUAUAAAUAUUUUUAUCAUCCCAUCGAAGAUACACCUUUUAGUUUAGGCAUAGCUCUGCCCGAGAGUUAUGGAAUGUAUGAACUUAUUGGAGAAGAAGAAAUCAAAUUAACUCAAUUCAACAUAACAGAAUAUUUUAAAGGUAAAAAUUGGAAAGUUCAUCCAGAUUGGGUAUAUUGUGAAUAUAACUAUGGAAAUGAACAUAACUUUAAGACUCCUGAGGAUAGAGUGUUGCAUUUUUUGUCUAGAACAAAACGUCCGGGUUGGAAAUGGAUGUCACUGAGGUCUAGAAUGCCACAAAGAGAACCUGGCACAAGUCAGGUUUAUAACACGUGGAGAAAAGAAAAAGAUUCUCAUUAUUGUGAUAAAAAUCUUUUACAGUCAUUAGUAUUUGAUGCAUUAGUAACAGAUAGCCUCGAAAAACUAACGAGUCAAAUAUCUAAGGCGGACAAACAUAAAUCUACAAACGCGUUACUCAAAAUGCAAAAUUUAAAAAAUAGCCAAGGACAUCAUAUGUUUGGUGUCACACUUACCUUCAUAGCGACAAGGAGUGGAUUGUUGAGAUGGCGGGAUCACGGAACAGCUAACAAUAGAGGGCCUGAACCACAUUUUAGCGAAACAAAUAAAAAAGCCAUAGACGAGGUGUGGUACAAAAGAGCGAUUGAUCAACACAACAUAGAACCUGAGAGUUUCGUGUUUUCAGUACCAUUUAAUUCUGGUGCUGGACUCGACCGGCCACUGAUUACAGCCACACACGCCAUGUUCGUAGAAAACAAAGGUCAUCGUGCAGCAGCCGCAGUCGUCGGCAUACAAUUCCAACAUUCGUCGAUCGCUUCGCAUUUCAUCAAUAUCACUUCGGCCUGUACUGGUAUGACCGGAUGCAAAAAAACCUGUGCUUCCGACGAUCUCGAUUGUUACGUGUUGGAUAAUAACGGUUUCAUUAUCAUAUCCGAACAGUCCCAUCACACCGGUCAAUUUUUCGGACAGACCGAUGGCACGAUUAUGGAUUCAUUGGUUCAAGACGGUAUUUAUAAGAAAAUCACCGUAAUGGACAACCAAGGCGCGUGUCAUAGCGGAAUCGAACCCGGGACUGAUUCUGCGUCUGCGCUUCGUCCUCUCCAGCCAGUCAUUUGGUUUGCGCAAUGGUUAUUGGGUCGGUUGGCUUGGUUAGCAGUCGAAACUCACAUCUACCACGUACUAUUUCCAGAUUGGAUUCAAGCGCAAGAAGAAGAUCCAAUGUAUUCGGAAUACGACCUGGGACCAGACGAAUUCGUACCGGAUCAAGGAGAAAAGACUGCUGACCAGAGUGACAAGCCUACAAUGGAAGGUAGCGAUCGAGGUGGUUCCGACAACGAUUACAAAGACACGCCACCACAUCCACCACUUUACGUGCCUAGUAUGAAAAAUUCCGAGUACUUUAACCCCGUUUACAACCGAACGCAACCAGGCGUAACCAGAACCUGUCGCAAAGCAGUCGACUUGUACGUUCUGCAGCCCAAUAGAUUGAACAUGAGCGGGUCGUUUAAUCCGCUCAAAGGAAAAUUGACCAAUUGUCACGCUACUGGAUGUGAACGACCAUUUAGCGUGCAAAAAAUCCCCCACAGCAACCUAAUACUAUUAGUGGUGGAUACGUUGUGCCCCUGUGGUAGCAAACAACUCAGCAUUGAACCUCAAGAGAUCCGAAUGGCAACAGAUGAAUCCGGACAACCUGUAUACAAUUGUCAAGACCAUAACAUGUUCCGAAGGCGUACUGGAAAAUGCAUUAACUAUCAUCCAGAAGAAAUUGAAAUCAAACAGUGCGGUUCGAGUUCAGCGUUAUUGGUCACCUCAUACCUAGUACUGCUGGGUAUGAUAACAGCUAUAUGGAUAACGUGAUCGUCGUAUUUCAGCUGAACGAUCAAUUCCUCAGCGUUAACGUUUUUACGAAAAAUAUAUUAUAAAUGUAUGAUAAUUAUUAAAACAAUAUUUUUUUUUUAUAUAACAUCUUUUAUCAAUUUUUUAUUGUUAUUAUUAUUCGUUUAAAGGCCAGUCCGCGAAUGUGCGAACUUUUACGUGCCCCGCUUAAUUGUUGUAAUAAUAAUAGUAUUUGGUCUACACAUACACACACACACACACACACACACACACACACACACACACACACAUAUUAAUACUCACAAUAUGAACGCAUAUCGUAUAUGGUAUAUGUAUUAUGGAUUUUCUGUUAUAUGUAUAUAACAUGACUAUACUAAAAUAUUUUUGUACGUCAAAAAUUAUUAUGUACUUG